AUGGCGUCAGCGCUCGCCGUUGCCACCCCACCGCGACAACAGCCUCUGCUGCUGGACCACGUCCUCGAGACUUCUCCCACCGCUAGCCAGAAGAAUUCACCUCAGAGAUCGCGUCGCCACACCAGCCUUCCCAAUCAGUUGCCAAACGAAGAUGGAGAAAAUGCCAUCACGAGCGCCUCCAAGCAUUGUGGGCUCAGCCCGCGACGCGUCCAGUCCUUACCUAGAGCGUGGGAACGGCGACCAGCAGUGCCCUAUGCCGCCCGAAAUGAUGCGCAGAAGAUCUGGAAACGCGUGCCGUUGGGGGUUGUCGGUGCGACUGACGGCCAGAAAUGGAGGAAAGAGACGAGUAAGCUGAACUCUCGGCCGGUCAAGAGACUGCGGGUCACACACCUUGGAGAAGAUGAGGACAAGGAGAAUGUUGACUAUGUUGGAUCAAAAUGGGACGACGAUGGAUUGUCCACGCCCAGUCCGAGGCGAAAGGUACUGGAAUGUGGGGAGCCUCCUGCGCGAGCCGUGGAAGAGGAUCAAAGCAUGCAAAUCUCCUGUAAUUCAGACGAGCAUCAAGACCAAGACGGCAAUCUUGACAAGACAGACCAUGGCACGGCUUCACCAGAACUCGGGACUUGUGAGGCAUCCGGAACCUUGGGUGAGGAGCCAUCAGUCGAGGGUGAAGCAACCGCCUCGCCCGUUGUCUUAGACAUGAUUCUUCCACCCGUUGAGGAUGCAAACGAUGACAGUUGUACAGCUGCGGUCACCCGCUCUUCACCCACUUCAGAACUCACGGUAGCAAUGGCGACUUCGUCUGGGUUACCGAAUGAAAACCUUACUGCACCAAUCCUCCCGUCCAACGACGACGAACAUGACUUGACCACCAGCGCCCACAGAACCUUGGCGGCCGUUGAGCCCUCUCUUGAAGAUGAGAAUGCAGCCUACUUGUGGGGUUUCCUGUCUCGAACACGAGCGCAGAAGGAGGCCCGAGAACAGAACGAACAGAACGAACAGAAUCCUCCAGGACUACCCGAUGAGGCAGUCAGCGCUGGCCAUGAAGUGGUAGAGGUAUCCAAGAGUCUCCAAAUCGAGAAGGGUGCAGCAACAACACCUGAGCCGGUUGAUGUCCCUGUAACCCUGCCCGCAGCGAACGAGCCCAAUAUCAUCCUCUCACCUCGACGAAGCUCCCGACUCACAACUCGGCUACCCAGACCUCAGAACCCCGUGUCAACCCCGACCGCCACUAUUUCUCUCAAACGAGUCAAAGGUCCAGAGCUGGUGGCUAACAACCACGAAAACCAGUCCAUUGCGGUGGCGACUAGACAAAAUACUAAGUGUAACAAGUUUGGGGCAAUUUCGGUCAAGAUCAGGCUGAUUCAACUGGCCGCCGAAGCCAAAGUCAGGGAGUCGUCAGGUGUUGCUUCAGCGGGAUGCGACCCCCUGAUUCCGGAAUCAACAGCCGCGAAGACGAAGCAGAAAAAGGUGGUCUGGGCUGAAACGCUAGCCACAUAUCAAGAUGGCUCAGACCCUCUGAAAGAAUCUGCUCUUACGGACGAAGUGGUCGAGGCUGAGGAAGGACCACGCCAGGAGGGUGGAACAGAAGGCUCAGCUGGUGAGCUGAGACCUAAUACCAGUCCGGGCGGCGAGGGCCUUGAAGGAAAUGUCACGGAACAGUCGAUCCAGGAUCUAUUUCAGAUGCUGCGGGAAAGGAACAAAAACCGAGGCGGCAUGAAGAAAGUGCGUCGGCUGAGAAGAUUGAACGGCGGCUCCGUGAAUGGGACUCCAGCACCGAAGAGAUUCACAAACACACAACUGCCUGUGCCGGUCGGGUCUAAACCGGCGACCAUUACUGCUUCUCAGGAUGCCGAAAAGACGACAUUCCUCGAUAUCAACACCGCGAAAUUAGAAGCAAAUGCUUUGCAAGGUGCGAAGACAGAGGGAGGAGUGCAGACGCGGACACGCAGUAGGAACCCUAAGAAUGUCUGA